AUGAAUAAUAGUAUAAUCGAUGACCAAUGUACUAUAAUUCGAGAUAGUGGAGCAAAAAUUAGUAUUGAAUUAUUAAAAACAUCAUUUGAUUUAUUUGUUUCUGAAUUAAAACAAAUCGAUGAUAUUGAUAUGAAAAAUAAUUUAAUUGAACAAAUGGUUUGUUCAUUAUCAGUUGUACCUUAUCGAAAUAAAAAACUUGCUGAUUUAAAAUUAUUAAAUCAUGAAUUUUAUUUUAUUUUACGUGAUAAAAUUCUAAUUGAAAAUUUACGUGAACGACAUAUUGAAGAUAAAAUUUACCCAAAAGUUUUAUUAGAUGUUUUAAUUUUCUUUAUGAAUUUAUCUUGUAAUAUAAAUAAUAAUAAUUUAAAUGAAUUUAAAUAUUUAUUUUUUCAUAAAAUCUUAAUUAAUGAAAUUGGAAAUUGUCUUAAUGAAAUGAGUACAUAUGGAAAAUAUCUUGAUAAUAAUUUAAUAAUUCGAUCAAUAAAUUAUUUAUUAAUUUUAUUUAAACAUUUUCAUGCAUAUGAUAUAACAAAAGCUGAUUAUUUAUCAAUUUCUCCAAUAUUUUAUGGUGUUAUUCAAUGUUUAUGUUGUUCAUAUUCAAUUGAUUUAAUUAAAAGUUUAAAACAAAGUUUUAUUCAAAAAUUAAAUGAUAAUCAAAUCUUAUUUCUUUGUUCAAUGCCAUAUUAUUUACAAUGGUAUUCAGAUUAUUAUCAUCCAGAAAAUAUUAUUAAAAUUUUAAGAAUAUUAUUAAAUGAAUUUACUUUAUGGAUGACAAAUUGUCAUCCCGAUACUUAUUAUCAAUGUUCAUCUCAACUUGCAAAAAUGAUUCGUCAUCUAACUUAUCUUUUUGUUCGUCCACUUAAAUCUGAUUAUAUCAAUAUAUUAUGUCAAGAUUUUUAUCAUGAUUAUUGUAAAUUAGUCUUACAUUGGUCAUUAAUAUUAUCAUCAAUAUUAUCGAAUUCUUUUAAUAAAUAUAAUAUUAAAUUAAAUAUAAGAAUUAUUGUUCAAAAUUUAUAUAAUUUUACUUUACAUUCAAAUGUAUUAAAUUUUAUGAAAACAAUUUCAAAUUUAAUUCCAAUGCUUUUACAAAUGACUGAUAUUCAAAAUGAUGAAAUACAAUUAAAUGUUUAUAGAUGUUUAGGAAAAAAUUAUGAUAGAAACAGAUAUUAA